AUGGUUGAGUCCACUCAAGUUACUCAUAAUGUUCAAAGUCUGAUUAUUGAUCCCGUUCAAUUUAUUCAAGAUGUUCAAAGACCAAACAGUAAACUAGCCCCGGUUCAAGAAGAUGCUCAAAUUCAGAUGGUUAAUGAGGAAACAUUUGGUUCGGGAAGUUCUUCUGCCCCACCACAUCCAGAGUAUGAUGUUGCAUCUGUCAAACUAGCCAAGUUACUUGCUUAUCAAGACUCCAUUUCUCAAUCCAAAGGAAACGGAAUCUCUAUUGGCUCCGGACAAAGAGGUGAUGAAGACUUUCAUCAAACCGUCUCUAAGCUCAAACAAGAGAUUGUGUUUGUGAAACAGGAGUCCACUGAGAAGGACUUACUGAUUGAUAGUCUGGAUGUGAGAGUCUCUAACCUUGAACAGGAGAACCUUGCUAAAGAUGCGAAGAUUUCAGAACUUCAAGCAAAUCUUGGUGGUCUAACUGCUUUAUUCUUUGACCUGAAACAACACUUACAUCAGAAGUUUGGUGAUGAUUUUCAACCCUUAAGCGCUGAAGGUGAAAAGAUUUAUGCUUCUAGUUCUAAUCCAGUUAAUCCACCUUUUGAACAUUCAGGUGAAAGAGUUGUAAGACAUGCUCCGGAUGCAAAUCUUGACACAUUUUUAUCUUCUGGUCCUUCUUCUACUCAAGAAAGAAGAGAGAAGCAAGCUCGAAUCGAGCAGCUGAAAGGGAAGAUGUUGGUGAUGAAGCAUUUGGAUCAGAAUGUUCCAGGUGAUCACCCUGAAAUGUUUCUAAGGGAAACUGGGAAGAAAUUUACUGACAAGUAUAGAGAUCGCUCUGGCAUUUUGAUGUGGGGAUACGAUGCCGACAAGAAAAUGUGGGUAGUGAAGCGAAAGAGCCAUCGAAUUGAGUAUUAUGAGAGGCCAACUAAAUUUAUUUCCUGGAAAAAAGUUGAUCUUGCUAAAGUUAUUCAUGCUCCUUUCAACAAUCCAACCAAUGACUCCAUGGCCUAA